AUGGCAAACAUCAACAGUAAAUUUGUAUUAUAUGUAUUUAUCUUUUUCUUUUCAACAGUUUUACUUGGUUCUACAAAUGUAGUUUCGCAACCUCUCCUUCCCGCUCUUGAGCUUGAAUCAGCUGUUUUUGUUAUAAGAGUUUAUGGUCUAACAACACAGCAAGAUCAAACAUUAUGUGGAGCUGUGUUUACGUGUUCGGCAUUCCCGGAUGGAUAUUUACAUGUUAUUAGAAUACAGAUAAUGUUAUCUACUUUUACAGGUGCUGGUCAACCGAAUUCUAGUUUAACGACACUUUAUUUUCCAAAGUUGACAGUGUUUGAAGUAUCGGCAUCUUCUUUGCCACCAUUCAAUAUUAUGGAUAGAAUGACAUCACUAAAAACUUUGAGAGAUAUUAACAUUGUUGAUGCAUCUUUAACCUACUUGCCAUCUGACUUUACAGGCUUUCCGGAACUUGCCACCUUUUCAAUCUCUGGUACCCAGGCCAAAAGUAUUCCAUCAAACUUUUUAAACAACUCUACCCCAUGGUCGAUAAAAUUUGAAGGACCAUUCGAGUUAAUAUCCUUUGACGAUACAUUGUAUCUCCCAGAGUUGACGCAUAUGUAUAUUAAAAAUUCGAAUUUUAGUAACUCUAUCAUAGAUUUAACCCCUCAGAGUUUCCCCAAACUUUCAACCUUAGAGGUAAAUUUCAUGAAUGCUGGAUCCUCUUUGACAAUCAACCACCAGAUACCUAUUUUACCAUUUUAUUUAACUUGUACUUCAAUGGGAUCUAUUACUGAUAAUAAAUGUCAAAUUAAUCUCGAUCAUCCUGAAACGUUGCAAGUUUUGUUAGUCACAGGACCUCAAUCAACCAUUUCACCACCAAUUGGUUCGGCAUAUCUAACAUUGGGUUCCCUUUCUUUGCAAUCGAUGGCAUUAACCAACUUUCCACUCUCCUCUUAUCCUCCUACCUUGAAAAGUUUAAAUUUAGGAUACAAUCAGUUAACAACAAUUCCUGCAAUUGAUGUUCCACCUUCUUUAGUUUCAUUGGGUUUACAAAACAACCAAUUGUUAGAACCAAUACCCAUGACUAUCUUUAACAAUAAUCUUGGAUUGACUAAAUUUGAUUUACAAAACAAUCCAACAUUUACAGGUCCUAUCACCGAAGACUAUUGUAUCCAUCAGCUGUAUAUCAUGAACACUGGUAUUAUAACACUACCUGAUUGCAUUUGGUGUUGGAAAAAUGUAACAAAUCUAGUUACCGUAUCAACCAGCCUUCCCUAUCCAACAUCAGGUGUUAACUGUAAUGAUUAUAAAAUUGACAAUUCUAGUAGGAUUCUAGUAAAGAAUAAUACCGUAGAAAUUACUGGAACUAAUAUUGGAUGGGGAUUUGUUUCGGCGGCAAACUACACGACAAGAAGAAUAAUUGCCAAUACCAUGAUUCAAAUAGUAUUCAAUUACCAAGUACCAAACAAUCUUACACCAGUUAUUUUGGAUUUAGGAACAUUUGAAGGGGCACCACACGCUCAAUUUCAAAUCAUCCAAGGUGGUAUUUUCAUCAAUUCAGUGAUUGCUCAACAACAACCAACAGGUACAUCUGUAACUGUUAAAAUGGACUUGUACAAUCCUUUCCUUGUCUAUACACUCCGUAUCGAUGGUACAAUAGAUUGCAACACUACUAUACUUUCGCAAACAGAAUUUAUAGCCAUGUGUCCUCCUAUCUCUUCAGGUGAACACUUUGCCUACGUCCUAAAUGAAAAAUAUGCCCAAUAUAAAGAUUUUGACUUUACGUUGGAGUAUCCAAUUGUAACCACGGUAACACCUGUUCCAUCACCCCAAGGAUCGCUUAUCACUUUGACUGGUAAUUAUGGAAAUACAUUUUCAUCUCCAUCUGUCAAAUUUAUGGCUGAAAAUACCGAGAUUGCACAAUGUCCUAUACAAUCGAUUAAUUCAACAGUCAUUACAUGUCUAGCUGGUUUGGCAAUCGAAAAUCAACAAGUAGAGUUGUUAAUUACCGUUGAUGGAUUCUCCACCUCUUAUAUAAUUUCCAUGAAAGAUAUUUGCCAACAAUCAACAAAUAAUUGCAAUGGAAAUGGUGGUUGUAAUAAUAAUGGUAUCUGUGUUUGUUCCAGUCCUUCUUUUUAUAAUAAUUGUUCUAAACCAUAUCCAAUUAUUAGUUCAGCAAGUUAUGAUUCAACAAAUAACAAGUUGGUUUCAUUGAAUGGUGAUUUUGGUCCAUUUGGACAAGUAAAUCCAACAAUCAAGAUUAAUAAUACUUUGGAUUGUACUGUUAAUUAUAAAUCUCAAUGGGUAUUGAAUUGUACUCUUGAUCAAUCACCAAAUUAUGGGUUGUCAUCUGUUCAACUACAAGUAGAUAGCUUAGAUACAACUGCCAGGAAUAUAUUGAUAUUACGUCCGACUGGUAAUGGAGGUGGAUCAACUACUACAACAACAACCACCACUACUACAUCUUCCACAUCAGGAGGAUCACCAGGUACUCAACAAGAAAAAUGUGAAAAAGAUACAUUCAAUUGUUAUGGCCAUGGUAAAUGUGAUAUUUAUGGAAUAUGUCAAUGUGAUGAUAAUUAUAAUCCUGAUGAUAAUUGUUUUACAAAGUUUUCCAAUACAACAAUCAAACCAAAUACAACGGACCCAACAAUAUCAUUUGAUAUUGAUGGAAUUGAUUUCCAAUUUGAAAUUGUAUCAAUCCAAGAAUUAGAUUUGGAUGGUAAUACAAUCCUCAAAGAAUUAUUUAUUUCAAAUUAUUCAUGGAAUGUAAAUGUAUCAAGCAAUAAUAUCAUAACCAUUGUCAACUAUCAAUUAAAUACAACUACAAAUUCAUCAUCCUCUCCAUCCUCUUCAUCCUCAUUCCAAUCAGUAUUGGUAUCAUCAACCAUUUCCUUUUCAACACAAUCAAGAGAUAUUCAAUUUGGUGAUCAAACACUUCAUAUCAAUCCCAAUUCUAUUAAAUUGGCAGUCAACAUCACCAACUGGCAAUAUUCAUCCAAUUUGGCAACACUCAGAGUUGUAUUUAGAACAAUAAUUAAUAACAAUCAAACUGUAGAAUAUGAUUGUCAAGAUAAAAACGUGGAACCAUUAACAUACGACUCGUUAUCAUCAUUACAAUACCUCAGAGUUGUCAAGGAUAACGUACAAUUCAAUGGUAGAUUUAUUGAUUUUGCAUUAUCAGAUGGUAGACCAACCUAUUCACAAACACAACUCAUAUCAUCAACACAAUUGGAUGGUGGAGAUGAUGAACAAUCAAUUGCAAUGAUAGGUAUUAAUUUCCCACAAUGUCAUGAAUGUGUUCUCGAUCCUGAUUUCACUCCAUUACUCAUCGAUAAGGGAAAUGACAGUGGUUGUGGCAAUGACAAACAAUCAGAUACAUGGCGUAUUAUUGUUGGUGCAGUUGUUGGAGGUGUUGGAGCUAUAGCUAUUGCCGUUGCUUCAUUCCUCACCUACAAAAUGAUACAAAAGAAAAGAGCCUUUAACAAACAUAUUACAAACAAGCUGAAAACAUUUGACAAUAUAAAUCUUAAAAGAUAUAAGACCCGGAUUGAACUUGAGAGGUGGUGA